GCAGAGGCCUCAGCGCCUGUGUUCUUCAGACACAACCACAGAGCCAGCUGGCAAGAAGCGGGCAAAGACAUCUCCAGUCAGUCAGAUUCACGGGGUGGAGGCUUCCCGGGCCCGAGAGGGGACAUGCUGGACCCACACUCACUGCUGCUUGCCCUGGCUGGACUGCUCUUCCUGGGAUCUGCUGUGUCCCAGGAAUGCACCAAGUACAAAGUCAGCAACUGUCGGGACUGUAUCCAGUCGGGGCCUGGCUGCUCGUGGUGCCAAAAGCUGAACUUCACUGGAACAGGGGAGCCUGACUCCUUGCGCUGUGACACACGGGCUCAGUUGCUGCUGAAGGGCUGUCCAGCCGAUGAUAUAAUGAACCCCCAGAGCAAUGCUGAUCCAGAGUUCGACCGACCGGGGCAACAGAAGCAGCUAUCGCCACAAAAAGUGACACUUUACUUGCGACCAGGGCAGGCUGCCGCAUUCAACGUGACUUUCCGGCGGGCCAAGGGCUACCCCAUCGACCUGUACUACCUCAUGGACCUCUCCUAUUCCAUGCUCGAUGACCUCAACAACGUCAAGAAGCUGGGCGGGGACCUGCUUCAGGCUCUCAACGAGAUCACUGAGUCGGGCCGCAUCGGCUUCGGGUCCUUCGUGGACAAGACGGUGCUGCCUUUUGUCAACACCCAUCCCGAGAAGCUGAGGAACCCGUGUCCCAACAAGGAGAAGGCCUGCCAACCCCCUUUUGCCUUUCGGCACGUGCUCAAGCUAACCGACAACUCCAACCAGUUCCAGACAGAGGUCGGCAAGCAGUUGAUUUCUGGAAACCUGGACGCCCCCGAGGGUGGGCUGGACGCCAUCAUGCAAGUUGCUGCCUGUCCGGAAGAAAUUGGUUGGCGCAAUGUCACGAGGCUGCUGGUGUUCGCCACAGACGACGGCUUCCACUUUGCCGGCGAUGGGAAACUGGGUGCCAUCCUGACCCCCAACGAUGGCCGCUGCCACCUGGAGGAUAACAUGUACAAGAGGAGCAAUGAGUUUGACUACCCAUCCGUGGGCCAGCUGGCGCACAAACUUUCCGAGAGCAACAUCCAGCCCAUCUUUGCGGUGACAAAGAAGAUGGUGAAAACCUAUGAGAAACUCACAGAGAUUAUCCCCAAGUCAGCAGUGGGGGAACUGUCCGAAGACUCCAGCAACGUGGUGCAGCUCAUCAAGAAUGCCUACUAUAAACUCUCCUCUAGAGUCUUCCUGGACCACACCACCCUCCCGGACACCCUGAAAGUCACCUAUGACUCCUUCUGCAGUAACGGAGCAUCGAGUAUAGGCAAAUCCCGAGGGGACUGUGACGGCGUGCAGAUCAACAUCCCGGUCACCUUCCAGGUAAAGGUUACGGCAUCGGAGUGCAUCCAGGAGCAGUCCUUUGUCAUCCGGGCACUGGGCUUCACGGACACAGUGACCGUGCAUGUCCUUCCCCUGUGCGAGUGCCAGUGCCGAGACCAGAGCCGGGAGCAGAGUCUCUGUAGAGGCAAGGGAGUCAUGGAGUGUGGCAUCUGCAGGUGUGAGUCUGGCUACAUUGGGAAAACCUGUGAGUGCCAGACGCAGGGCCGGAGCAGCCAGGAGCUGGAGGGCAACUGCCGGAAGGACAAUAGUUCCAUUGUGUGCUCGGGGCUGGGAGACUGCAUCUGUGGGCAGUGUGUGUGCCACACCAGUGAUGUCCCCAACAAACUGAUCUUUGGGCGAUACUGCGAGUGCGACAAUGUCAACUGUGAGAGAUAUGACGGCAAAGUCUGCGGUGGCACAGACAGGGGCUCCUGCUCCUGUGGCCAGUGUAAUUGCAAGGAUGGUUUUGAGGGCUCAGCCUGCCAGUGUGACAGGUCCACCAUAGGCUGUCUGAAUGCACGGCUGGUGGAAUGCAGUGGCCGUGGCCGGUGCCAGUGCAACAAGUGUAUAUGUGAUGGAAACUACCAGCCACCUCUGUGCGAUAAGUGUCCCGGCUGCACCUUGCCCUGCCUCAGCAACCACACCUUUUGUGCCGAGUGCCUGAAAUUUGAUAAGGGACCUUAUGAGAAGAACUGUAGCAUUCAGUGUGCCAAUAUGACGCUGCUGCAAACUCCCCCUGUGGAGAAAAAGCCCUGCAAAGAGAGGGACUCGGAGGGCUGCUGGAUAGAGUACACUUUGCAGCAGAAGGACGGAUGGGGCAUUUACAACAUCCAUGUGGAAGACAAUCGAGAGUGUGUGAAAGGCCCCAAAGUGGCUGCCAUCGUAGGGGGCACCGUGGUAGGCAUCGUGCUGAUUGGUGUCCUCCUCCUGGUCAUCUGGAAGGCCCUGACCCACCUGACUGACCUCAGGGAGUACAGACGCUUUGAGAAGGAGAAACUCAAGUCCCAGUGGAACAACGACAACCCCCUCUUCAAGAGUGCCACGACCACGGUCAUGAACCCCAAGUUUGCCGAAGGCUAGAGCAGAGCACGAGAUAGCAAAAUCAAGCAGAUGAGACCCCUCCCCCAGACCACGCCUCCUCCCCUCUGCAAACACCACGUGCCUUACAGCUCACCCCCGUGCCAUGCCUCCAAGGAUCCCAAAACCUGCUCGGUUUCUUUCCGCCGUUAUAUCAAGUCUGCCAGGGUUUCCACGGACUCAUCUUUCGACCUAUACACUUUUGCCACAGAGCCUUAAGAAUUGUUCCGAGUCCCAAGAGGUUCCGCCCACGGUUUUCUUGCGUAUAGAGAGACAGUAGUCUCAGUAAAGGUGGCCCCAACUUAUUUAUAUUUAAACUCAUCAGGGUAUAAAACUACUAUUAUUAUAUUGUUAAUAUCCUGUCCGUUGUAUUAUAUGUGAGUAUAAAACGAUACUCCACGGAUUAUAUCAUAAUCAUGUAUGUAAUAUAAUAAAACUUCCAUCCGUGCUGCCCAUGGAA